GUAACGUCAUCCCGCCGGCGGAGGCGACAGAGUCUCGCAGGGUUCCGCGUGCCGCUACGCAGGUCGCGGGCUCCGAGGCAGCGAGUUUUCACGCUACCCGCCGAUUUGCCCUGGUCCGCUCACCUCGAGUCUUGUGAGGAGAUGGCAGACGAUCUUGGAGACGAGUGGUGGGAGAAUCAGCCGGCAGGACCAGCCAGCAGCCCAGAAUCAUCAGAUGGUGAAGGAGUAGGAGAAACAAAAAUGACUCAGAAGGAGACAGCUGCAGUUCCUGCAUCAUCAAAAGAACCCAAACAGUUUAAAGAAUGUUUCUUGAUACAACCAAAGGAAACAAAAGAAGAUGCCACCAAGACCAAGAAGAGGAAAAAGAAAAAAAUUACUGAUGUUCUUGCAAAAUCAGAGCCAAAACCAGGGACACCUAAAGAUCUACAGAAGCUGGUGAAUGACUAUUAUAGCAGUAAUCGCUCAGUGAUUGAAUUAGAAGAACUGAAUCUACCAGAUUCCUGUUUCCUCAAGGCCAAUGAUUUGACUCACAGUUUUUCAUCAUACCUAAAAGAAAUUUGUCCUAAGUGGGUAAAACUUCGGAAAAACCACAGUGAGAAGAAGUCGGUCCUGAUGCUGAUCAUCUGCAGCUCAGCCGUCCGAGCUCUAGAGCUCAUUAGGUCAAUGACAGCAUUCAGAGGAGACAGCAAAGUUAUGAAACUGUUUGCAAAACACAUAAAGGUCCAGGAGCAGGUAAAGUUGUUGGAGAAGCGUGUGGUGCAUCUGGGUGUAGGAACUCCAGGGAGAAUUAAAGAACUCAUUAAACAAGGUGGCCUUAACUUGAACCCCUUAAAGUUUCUGGUUUUUGACUGGAACUGGAGAGAUCAGAAGUUGAGAAGAAUGAUGGACAUUCCUGAGAUAAGAAAGGAGGUUUUUGAACUUAUAGAAUUGGGAAUACUCAACCUAUGCAAGUCAGAAUCCUUGAAGCUGGGCCUUUUCUAAUUCUGGAUCCUAAUGAAGACUCCAGUUUUCACAAUGGAAUUUGCAUCUUAUUUAAUGAUGUUGGCACAUUGCAAGUACUCAGUAAAUCAACUUAUUUUUUGUUAUAUUAGCUGCAUCACCAGGUGCAUCACUGGGAAUACUUGAUGGGGAGUCUCUGAAAGAAAUGAAUCUAUGUUUUUGCCUACUCCCUCAUGUAAUAAAGAAUCACCAGCUUGUGUGUGAA